UAGACCUCCCGCUCCUGCGGCCUCCUGCCUCCGGCCCCGCCCCCUCCCGCUCCUGGACCCCAACCUCGUGGCGGUGCUCCCCUGACUUCACCUCCCCCUACCUCUGUUCUUCUGAUCUCACCUCCUCCCUUGUGACCUCGCCUCCCCCCGAUCUCACCCGCUUCCGCCCACCUCUGCACCUUCCCCGCCGACCUCUUCUCCUCCAGCACUCGCUGAUCUCCCUCCCUCCCUGUGCUCACCAGGCCCCACGCCAACCCAAACCCCAGCCUGUCUGCAGCCCCAUCUCCCUUGUGCCCACCUCCUCCAUACCCCUUUCCGGCCAUUGUGCAGCUCAUCUUGCUUCUCUGCUUUCAUCUCCUAAUUUAGUUCAACAGGGCACGAGACAAUGGCUUUUACACUUUGAGGAAAGAUAUGAGGGCUGUGGAGUUAAGAGAUUCAAGGAAAAAAGUGUUUGAUUUGUGAAAGUUGGAGAGGGUGAUGAGGAAAGAUCUAAUUCCUAUAUUACUUCCCUAAAGUGAGAGGUAGAAACCUAACGUAGUAGUAAUGUGUAAAUUUUUUGAAAAAUUUGCCCAUUAGCAGUUGUAAACCUUUGACUGCUUCCUAGGAAUUGAGAUCGUUUUAUUCAGGUCCUCAGAAUGCAAAUUGGCAUGUGCCCUAUUAGCUAUUUUUACUAUAAUUUCCUCCUUAUAGUUUCCAGCACACCAAAAUCUAAGGUGAGUUUGCAGAUGGCCCAGAGAAUCCCAACUCAGAUGAACAAAUAAUUAGCUGUGCAGCCAGUAGAUUUCAUUAAAGUAGAAUUUGAUUGUGAAUACAAUACUCUUAACCCAUAUGGAAGAUUUAAGUCUCACUGAGACUUGACAUUUUGAAGGGUGAACCACCCAGUGUGUCAUUGAAGAUGUGAUUUUUCUAAGAUUAGGAAAGUAUCCUUUUGUGUGUGCUCCAGAAUUUCAUUUGUACAAAGAUUUGAAAUAGAAAUGUAUAUUUCUCAGGUCUUAAAUUUCCUUUUAAAAAAAAAGAAUCCUGAAAUCCAUUGAUAAUUUAUUACUGCCUUUAUCUUGGCAGGUUUAUGAGAAUAAAAUCUUUGUAGUGUUAUCAAAAGUAUUUUCUUAUUCACCAACCUUCUAUGUGGUGACAAAUCCAAAUAUUAUAUUUGUUAUGAUUCCUUUUUUUAUAUUUUGAGGGAAACAAGAAAAUGCAAUAGAGAUCAUAAUUUUAUUUAUUUGAUUGUCUCAAUGAUUCUAAUAUUCUAAUACUACCUACCCCUUCCCCAAUAACCCCUUAUCUGAGAACUUCAUUUAUACAAAGAUUUGAAACUUGGGAGGGGGUUGUAGGUGUGUGAAGGUGGUGACAUAGAUCACACUAUAGAUUACACUCUUUGUAUUAAUUUAAAAUACCUAACAGGCAAUGUUUCAGGCAGGGCUAAGCUUUAAAGAGGGCAGUUCAAGCCAAGCCCUAAAGUGGCAUCGGUAGCAGAAAUUGGGUCACAGACAUUAAAGUUCUUAUCUUUAAAAAGUGUUUUUUCUGUGCUGGGAAAUUCAGCUUCUAUCCUGACUCGGUGCCUGGGAAUUUGAAAACAGGGGUAUAUUGAGUUUUUUAUUAGUACCAGCAUCCCCCUUCUUCCUCAUCCCUUCUAUCUUGUGGCCCCACCCUGCUGUGUCUCCUUGUCUCUUCCAUCCUUUUUCCUCCCUCAUCAUCCCUGCUUAGGUCUCACCCCAGUCAGAAGGGAUUUUCUAAGACUGCUAGAAAUGUUCACCACACAGUAUUUUGCCUGACUACUGCUCUUUCUCUGGGCAUUUCUUUAGUGCUUUCAACAAUGACUUUAACCUGUUUUUAAGUUAGAGGUGGAAACUCUGGGGCAAGAGGUUCUGAGUCUUGUUUAAGCCCUGGGAGACAAGUCAAUAGUGGGUUAUGGUGGAGCUGAAAAAGUUCUUAGCAAAGAUUAAGAAUUUCUUUGCCUGGGGUAAAUUCCAAAGACUGUGCUUCUAGGUAAGAGUUAAAGAUGAAAAGAGGGAGGGUGCUUCCCUCAUUGUUAUCCCUGAGCAAGAACUAACCAACCAUGGAGCACUGAAGGGGCAGAACAUUUUAAAAUACCAAAAGUGGCUGCUUGCUCCAGAGGCUUCUGGAGAGGCUGCCUUAUCAAGUGGAAAGACCACUGAUCUGAUGGUGUGAGAGUGGGUCCCACUCUUGAUCCUGUGGCUACCCAUCAUGUGGAGUUUCCCAGUCACUUAAUUUCUCCAGCCAUCAGUUUUCUCAUCUUUUUUACGGGGUAGUUGAGCUAAAUGUGUUAAGGUUGUCCUGUCCUGCUUUGUAUUACAAGGACUCCUUUGAUACCUAUAGGUUAGAAGGUGCCUGGUUUUAGCACUUAUAGCUUAUAUCCUCUCCCUUACUCCCAACCCUCAGCUGUAUCCCCUUCUAAACUGAGAAUAAGUACAUACUAUGGUUACACUUCUUCACAUACCCUCAUGGGUUCUGUCUUCCUCUGCACGCCCUGCUGGAAGAAAGCAGAAUAAGUAACUCAAACAUACUCACAUACUUAUGUGAGUAGGCCUGGCAGCCACUUCAUUCUGUGCUCAGUUUCUUGUUUCUGAGGGAAUGUUGAAAGCAAGUGGAAUCCCUGAUAUUCUUGAGGCAGAGGCUUUGACUAGACAGGACUAUUAAGAUUGCCAUCUCAAACUGAGCAGUCAGUUCAGUGAAUUAGUCAAUUUAAUCUAAGUUCCAAUUGAACAGCUUGUUUUACAGAUGUCUAGGAUAAUUAGUCAUCUUAGCCUAGGCGGACCCAAUAUGCACUGAUCAGUAAGUAUAGUGGUAGGAAAACAUCAGAGCUCAAGAAACUCACUCUUACUGUGCAAUGAUGAAUGACAGAAAGGCCACCUAGCAUGUGUGUGUAAUGCUAUAGCCUAAAGACUUCCAGGUGAGUAUGCCUUUCAACCCUUUGGCUGUUGCACCUCUGGCCAUACCUACCACCACACAGGUGUUCUGCACAUGGAGUAUAAUCAGGAUGAUGCUGGACAGGAGAGACUUCCUUCACUACCACCUCCUACCCCUUCAAAAACAAGAACAACAAGCAACAUGUUAAUCUUGGCAGAGGGUGUUUGGACAGCCCUUUAUCUUGGAAGACAGAGAUUCAGGGUCUCAGAGCUAGAGUCUCGCAAAAUGCAAGUCACCCUAUGUUGACUUGGGUUUUAGAAAUAGGUGUUAUUUUAUGUUAAGAUAUUUUAACAUAUGGACCCAGGACUUUUUUAACUUAUACCUAAAAAACACACCUGUGCGUAUGUACAUUCAUAGAAGGAUUUCUUAUAAAAAUAUUUUCCCUUCAGUAGACCAAUUUUUUCAUAUACCUAAAUAUUUUAAAAUGCUAGUUGUAUUAUUGAAUUAACCCUUUUUUAAUAAUCUGAAUAGCUAAUUCAGUUGAAAUAGUCUCAUGUUGCUCCCAUAAGAGUCAAGUGGUAGGUGGGACAUGGAAAAAUCUUCUGUUCAUCUGUCCUAGAAGCAUCCACAGACUGUAUUGCCACAGAAGUAUGCAUAAUCAUGACAGUGUGCACAUUGAAUGUAGUCUGUUUCCAUAAACACAGUGGAGCCACAUGUUACUUGCAAUUUAAUCUCGCAGUUGUAUAUCAUUCAGAUAUUUAAAAGCAAAAAUUAUAGAAUUGUAUUAUGUUAAUUCUUCUUUAUUUUUGUGGGAUGUUAUUUUAUCCAUUCUUCAUUGUUGAAUUACAUGAUUUGGAGGAGUCUGUACCUUUUGUUCAUUUUCAGGAAAUUAGAAAAGAUGUGAGAAAGCAUUUAAUGACUUGCUUUAGUAGAGGCUCAUGUCCUAAAAAUAAGUUGGGCUCCACUGGAUUGUAAUUGCUGUUGCAUGAAAUUACUUUUCUCUUAAUAUUGUUUACAAUUGUAUUCUUUCUUGAAUUUUCUUCUUUCAGAGAAGAGUUCCAGUCACAAAUGCAUAUGUGAUACAUUUUGACAUUCACUGCUAAGAUGAAAUGCAGAAGUGAACACGACACACUCAUUCUCGUAUUCUCAGAUAUGAUUAGAUGUACUUUAUCAUGUUUUUAUGCUACUGACCUAUAAGAAAAAAAUACUAAAAAAGGGUAGCAGUUAAACACCUAGGACCUGCAACUUCAGUACGUCUGGGAUGAUCUGGAAUAUCACAAGGAGAGAUUUUAUUACAGCAUAUUCACACCUUAUCUGAGCCCUCAGCCUAUGUUCAUACACAUUUCCUUCAUUAGAAGUUGUCACCAGACACUUUACCUCCCAGGAUGGACAACAGGCUCCCAACAGAGUUUGAUGUGGUUGUAAUAGGGACAGGUUUGCCUGAAUCCAUCCUCGCAGCUGCAUGUUCCAGAAGUGGUCAGAGGGUUCUGCAUCUUGAUUCAAGAAGUUACUACGGAGGAAACUGGGCUAGUUUCAGCUUUUCAGGAUUGCUCUCCUGGUUGAAGGAAUAUCAACAAAACAGUGACAUUGGGGAAGAAAGUACUGCUGCAUGGCAAGACAUGAUCCAUGAAACAGAAGAAGGCAUCACUCUUCGCAAGAAGGAUGAAACCAUUCAACACACAGAAGUUUUUUGUUAUGCCAGUCAGGAUAUGGAUGGCAAUAUUGAAGAGACUGAUGAUCUGCAGAAAAAUCAUUCCUGGGUAGCAUCUAGUACCCUCAUUAAACCUCUGGAUUCUGCGUGCUUGUCUGAAGAAAUGCACUCAUUAUAUGUUUCUAGCUAUGAAGUGCCUGCAAAAGGGACUCCAGAAAACAAUGGAGAAGUAACUGCUAUAGCAGAAACCUUGGUGAAAGAAGAAUAUUGUGGAUAUAAAACUUAUAAACACAGAGUUUCAGAUGGUGCUAAAGACGAAAUCAAACCUAUAUUGGAAGACAACAGUGAUCCACCAAAGAGAAACAGGAUUACUUACUCUCAAAUAGUUGAAGAAGGCAGGAGGUUUAAUAUUGAUUUGGUAUCAAAGCUGCUUUAUUCCCAAGGACUGUUAAUUGAUCUUUUAAUCAAAUCAAAUGUUAGUCGUUAUGCAGAAUUUAAAAAUGUCACUAGGAUUCUUGCAUUUCGAGAAGGAAAAGUAGAGCAGGUGCCUUGCUCCAGAGCAGAUGUCUUUAAUAGCAAAGAGCUCACUAUGGUUGAAAAGAGGAUGCUAAUGAAAUUUCUUACAUUUUGUUUAGACUACGAACAACAUCCUGAUGAAUACCAAGCUUUCACACAAUGCUCAUUUUCAGAGUACUUAAAAACCAAAAAAUUAACCCCCAGCCUCCAACAUUUUGUACUACACUCAAUUGCAAUGAUGUCAGAGUCAUCUUGCACAACAAUAGAAGGCCUUAAAGCAACAAAAAACUUUCUUCAGUGUCUUGGAAAGUUUGGCAACACUCCCUUUUUAUUUCCCUUGUACGGCCAAGGAGAAAUUCCCCAGUGUUUCUGCAGGAUGUGUGCAGUUUUUGGUGGAAUAUAUUGUCUUCGCCAUAAAGUACAAUGCCUUGUAGUUGACAAAGAAUCUGGAAGAUGUAAAGCAAUUAUAGAUCACCUUGGUCAAAGAAUAAAUGCUAAAUAUUUCAUUGUGGAGGAUAGUUACCUUUCUGAGGAAACAUGCUCAAAUGUGCAGUACGAACAGAUCUCCAGGGCAGUGCUCAUUACGGAUCAGUCUAUACUAAAGACAGAUUCAGAUCAGCAGAUUUCCAUUUUGAUAGUACCUCCAGUGGAACCAGGAGCAUGUGCUGUUCGAGUCACUGAAUUGUGUUCUUCAACCAUGACGUGCAUGAAAGACACGUGUCUGGUACAUCUGACCUGUUCAUCUUCCAAAACAGCAAGAGAAGACUUAGAAUCAGUGGUGAAGAAAUUAUUCACCCCAUAUGCUGAAACAGAAAUAGACAAGGAGGAACUUGCAAAGCCAAGACUCUUGUGGGCUCUUUAUUUUAACAUGAGAGAUUCCUCAGGAGUCAGCAGAAGCUCAUAUAAUGGCUUACCUUCCAAUGUUUAUGUCUGCACUGGGCCUGACUGUGGACUAGGAAAUGAACACGCAGUCAAGCAAGCUGAAACACUCUUCAAGGAGAUCUUUCCAAGUGAAGAAUUCUGCCCCCCACCUCCAAAUCCAGAAGACGUUUUCUUUGAUGGUGAUGAUAAGCAACCAGAGUCUCUUGGAGCCAAUACUAUAAUAAUAGCCCAACUAGAAUCCUCUGAGGGAAGCAAAAACCUAGAAAGCUCAGAGAAGCACCUUCAAAAUUAGAAAAAAGCAAACUGGAAAUGCUACUUUGGGCCUUCAUCCAGUAUCAGAAUAUUCUCAUUUAAAGGACAGUUUCCUAUAUGAGUAAUUAGAAGUGGUUAUUUGAUGAAUGGCAUGCAGAUGUUGUCUAUAAUUCUCUUUGUGACUUUCAGUUAUUGGAUGUAUUUGUUAACCUAUCAAUAAUUGAUUUAUUGGUUAUUGGACUUCUUUUUGUUUCAGAAUGGGCUCCAUGAGCCAGAAUCUUAAACAGGGUUAGCUUUAUUUUAGUACUGGGUAUAUAUGUGAGGGUUCCAUAUUAGCCAUGGUGCUUAAAGGAAGAUGGUAUUGUAUCUGCUGAUCUUCAGAUUUUAUUGUCUACAGAACAAUAACAUCUAAGGAAUAUUUUAAUUACUUUUGUAGCUAUUACAGUUGCUACCACCUCUGAAUAGUGAAACACACACAGAGGAAAUUAUGUGGGUCUUUUCUUUAUAAUAUAAAGAUAAUAAGUAUGAUCCUUUAUUUGUGAAGGUGAUGUCUACAAUACAUCUUGCAGUUUAAUUCUCCUACUUGACCCUUGUAACCAAUGAGGCAGUGAUGCCACCACAGUCUUAUACAUUGUAAAAAGAGUCAGAGUUCAUUUAGUCGUUGAAGAGCUCAUUCUUGGGAGGUUCAGUCCAAAGAAAAUCUAGGGGAAAAGAUUAGUUCUGGUUUAAUAUUUCAGAAAAUUUCUGAAGAGCACUGCUCUGGCACCUAAAAGAAAAGAACUUCUAAGUAACUCAGGCUAAAGAAAAAAUAAAUUGCUCCAGGAAAAGAUAUUACAGAAUGCUUGUUCUGAAAUUGCUAAGGAGAAACUGAGUGAAGCAUUUUUAACCUAUUACAGAUGGUUUUUAAAAUCCAUCUGUAAAUAGAUUUCCCAAGGUUUCUCAGUGAAAGUGAAGCAUACCAUCUUGUUGACUCCACCACUUUAAUUAGUAACACUACAAUUGAUAGGAGUGAAUCAAAGGAGGGUUACCAUGUCCCUUUGGUUGUGUCCCACCCCACAAAUAAUGAGGUAAAUGCCUUCGUAAUCAACUCCUGCCUCUUAGCUGUUAUCUAGAGGAUAGAAAACAUUUUUUUCCAGAACUACCAGAAGUCAUAAAACUGGUUAUACUCUAGCAGCAGAAGCUUGUGGAGCUGUCAGAAGAAAUAAACUUCCUUCUCUUUAGGUCACUGUUUCCAUUCCUCAGACAGAGAAUGAUAAUCCUAUAGGAAGGAUUUAGGAAGGGAUAGGAAAGGAUAUAGGAAGCCCUUUUAAUUACAGUUUUUGUCCUGGAACAGAGCAUUUGCUAUGUGCUAGGCACUUAUUGUGCUCUCUAAUUACAGUUUCUCAACAACCCUGUGAGGCAGAUAUUAUUGAAUACAUUUUCAAAGAGGAAGUAAAGACUUAACAAUUCUCUCUGAGUCUGGUUUGUGGAAGAGCCAACAUUGGAAUCCAGUCUUUCAUGAUUUCAAAAUCUUUCCACUGAUGUUAACUGUUAGAAGAGUGUAGGUACUGUAGGAGAAGGAAAAGAUGCUCAUGAAAACGAGUCUAGCGUUGCUAGUGAAUCAAAGUAGACAGACAUCUUUUGGCUUAUUGAGUCAGAGAAAUAUGAAAAUAAAGAUUAAUUAAAAAUAAAUAUGGCUUAGAGCUAUGGAUCUCAUUGAAGCAGAAUUUGUCUAAAGGUUUAACAAAAUCAUACUUUUUAAUGUGUCUUUUGAUUAUUGUGUUAUAAAAAGUAAUGUUACCAGGCCAAAAUAUGCUUUGAAUAGUCUUUUGUUGAUCUUCUAUAUGUGAGGAAAAUGAAACAAGAAAGAUUUAAGUAAUUUUCAGCCUACUGAAGUAGAGAAGUCAUUAAUUGGUAUUAAUAUGUAUGUUUUGAAUCUAGCAGAUCUAUUAUUGGGUGGAUUCUAAGGCUUAAACUUAUCAAAACAACUGAAAUAGACCUAAAAAUUAGCUAUUAAAAUGUAAGAGAAUUUAAGAUGUUAAGUGAAAUGGAGGUGAAGGUAAUCCAGACCUAUUGAAAAAAUUUUAAUUUCUGUAUCAUGAAUAUUUUUAUUCAUAAGAAUUUGAGAAGGGCAACGAGAAGUUGCAAAAAAUGAUAGAACCAAAGAUAAUGGAAACAGGAAAAUGUUAGAUUAGGUAAAAUAAGGGUUUUAAAAACUAAGAAAAUGAAUAUAUUGGUUUCCUACUUGAAUGCAAAUAAAUUGGAAAUGAAAAAAGUUAUUACCAAUAAAAAGCAUUUUAAAAAUUAGAGGAUAUUAUAACCUAGUAUAAUUUUCUGACAAGUUGGAAUUUUACCCUUAUGGGCUUAUUGGUGAACUUUUUCAAAUGUUCAAAAUAUAAAUAAUAUCUGUGUAUCAAAAGAUGAUAUAAUAUUUACAGUCUGAGGUUAAUAUUGCCUCAAUGCUAGGAGUCAAACAUUUUGAAAAGGGUCUCAUUCUGAACAAAUGCAGAAUAUUAGCAAAUGAUACACAACAUAAAAAUAAUUAUUUACUGUGACUCAGGAUUAUAAGGUUAGUGUUCAACAGAAUAACCAUUAAAUCAAUAUCAACAGAACAAAAUAGUAAAAAUGCAAAGGACUAACUACAGGUAACUUUAAAAAUGUUAAUAAAAUUCAUCAUUUUUUAUUUAAUUAUAUCUGGUAAUGAUUUUUUUGGUUUCUCAUUGUGAUAAUUACUAAAAACCAAGAACUAACAUUAUUCCUAUUAGGAAAACAUAUAGGAAACAUUUCUCAAGCAGAAAUUAAAUAAUCUUGGCACUACUUUUAUUUAUAUAUGGUUGAAAAAGCUUGUCAUUGUAAUAAAUCAUUAAUAAGCAUUCAUAAAUGAGAAAGAUAAGGAAAGAAAGCACAAAUAUUUUCUAUUGACAUGACUUUUAAACUAGUGAAACCUGUAGUAUCAUAAACAGGCUGACAAUAAAAGACUAAUUCAGGAAGUUGCAGGAUGUAUAACUUUAAAGCUAAUUUUAUUUCUUGGGCUUCCCUGGUGGAGCAGUGGUUAGGAGUGCGCCUGCCAAUAUAGGGGUCACGGGUUCGUGCCCCGGUCCGGGAGGAUCCCACGUGCCGCGGAGCGGCUGGGCCCGUGAGCCAUGGAUGCUGGGCCUGCGCGUCUGGAGCCUGUGCUCUGCAGUGGGAAAGGCCACGACAGUGAGAGGCCCGCGUACCGCAAUAAAUAAAUAAAUAAAUAAGUUUAAUCUUAUUUCUAGAUUCAAACAGUGACAAACUACAACUUAAAGUGUUUGGGUAUUAACAUAUACAAGCCAUUUAAAGAAAGUUAUACAACUAUAUUGAGGUAAGAAAGAUGCUUAUAUAGAAGCAGGUUACAGGAGCUGCAUCCUAGUAUAAUGAAAAGGAAGUAAAUAGGAAAUCUGAAAACCAAAAUUAGAGUCCUCACUUUACUACUUACAAGUUGUGUAAUCUUGGGAAAAUCAUGCCUACUUUCCAUUUCACCAUCUAUAAAAUAGAAAUAAUGCUUUGCAGAAUUAUUAUGAGGAUUAAAUUAAUGUAAAAGAAAUUAUGUCCAAAGGACUGGCAAUAGGGUGAAGUUAGUAUGUAGAUAUACUACACUUCCACUUAACGUUCCAACUGGAUGCUUUAUAUAAUUUGACAGAAUUGUGAUAAAUAAUUUAGGAAAAUAAGCAAGUAUAUACCUUUUUAACUUGGGAAAAAAAGGGAGUUUUGCACUUCAGAUCGUUAAAACAUGCUGUUAAGCAUCUUUUCUCAAUACACUAUGGUAUUGAGUAGAAAGUUUAAGACUAAUAAACCAAUUGGAAAGAAAUAUAUAAUAACUGCUUGUGGAAAGAUUAGCUGGAUGUAAGUAUAAAAAAAGAAAUUAGAUCCACUUCACACAUAACAGUUUGUUCCAGAUUAAAAUCUUCAAUAUAAAGGUAAAAAUAAAAAGACUACAAUUCUCAUCCCAGUAAUUUUGCAAAGGAAACUUUAUGGCAAAGAAAAAUGGUGACAAGAUAGAUGAGAUCAACGAAGAAAAAUGAAAAAUGUAUACUAAAUAGGAAGAAGACAAGAAAUGGGGUAUAAGCCACUUGCAUUACACAAGGAUAAAGUACUCAAUAUUUUUUAAAAGGUAAGUGCAAAUCCAUAGGACUUUGUGCUCUUUACUAGGCAAGUUUAUGAAAGAAUUGAGUUGAAACAAGAAGAUAGAAAUAAAAUGGUAUUCAGAUUUACUAAUAUUAAAAAUGCAAACUAGAGCAACUUUGACUUAGUUCAUGCAAUUAUAUUAGCAAAAAUAUUUUAAUUGCAUGUAUCCUCAUACCAGUAGCAUUAUUAUAUUAAUGUAGUUUUUUUGAAGAACUAUUUAGAAGAAUAUAAGAACUCUAUAACCAAUCUGUCUUUUGAUAGCUCUAACUCACUCUGAGUAGCAUAUGCCCAGGAAAAUAUUUUAAAAGAAAAAAAAGUCUAUUUGUAUAAAGAUAUUUCUAGUGAUUGCAUUCAUUUGAGUUUUAAAAAAAGCCCAGUAAUUGGAAACUGGAUAAGUAAAUUUUCAUGUAUUGCUAUUGCUAUCAUAGACUGUUAUAUAGCCAUUAAAUAGUAUUGAUAUAUGUAAAACCAUAUGGGAAAAUGUUUAAAUGAGACUUGAAAGUGCUAAAACAUAAAUUAUUGUAUUUACUGAUUGUGUAAAAAUUUAGAUCUAUACAUUGGAAAGAAUCCGAAGAGAACAUUGUAAUUAGUUUAACAUUAAGAGGUUCUUUUUUCUAUAAAAUACUGAUGUAUGAAAUAAAAGAUUAAUUGGUAAAAUGG